AUGAAAGAGUUACUUUCAUCUCACCAGCCACGUGAUGAAAGAGUUACUUUGAGAUGUCUGGAAAUAACACGUUUAUUACCAAUCACCAGGUUUCAACCACCAGUCUCAUCAUCCCAUCCCACAGUCGAUGCAGUUGAGCAGAAUCUCUCUCGCUUUCCAUCACCCCGCCCCAUUCCCCCGUUUUCCAUCACCCCGCCCCAUUCUCCCGCUUUCCAUCACCCCGCCCUAUUCUCCCGCUUUCCAUCACCCCGCCCCAUUCUUCCUCUUUCCAUCACCCCGUCCCAUUCUCCCGCUUUCCAUCACCCCGCCCCAUUCUCUCGCUUUCCAUCACCCCGCCCCAUUCUCUCGCUUUCCAUCACUCUGCCCCAUUCUACCUCUUUCCAUCACCCCGCCCCAUUCUCCCUCUUUCCAUCACCCCGCCUCAUUCUCCCUCUUUCCAUCACCUCGCCCCAUUCUCCCUCUUUCCAUCACCCCGCCCCAUUCUCCCGCUUUCCAUCACCCCGCCCCAUUCUCCCGCAUUCCAUCUCCCCGCCCCAUUCUCCCUCUUUCCAUCACCCCGCCCCAUUCUCCCGCUUUCUAUCACCCCGCCCCAUUUUCCUGCUUUCCAUCACCCCUUUCCAUUCUCCCACUUUCCAUCACCCCGCCCCAUUCUCCCGCUUUCCAUCAUCCCGCCCCAUUCUCCCUCUUUCCAUCACCCCGCCCCAUUCUCCCGCUUUCCAUCACCCCGCCCCAUUCUUCCGCUUUCCAUCAUCCCACCCCAUUCUCCCGCUUUCCAUCACCCCGCCCCAUUCUCCCGCUUUGCAUCACCCCGCCCCAUUCUCCCGCUUUCCAUCACCCCGCCCCAUUCUCCCGCAUUCCAUCACCCCUCCCCAUUCUCCCUCUUUCCAUCACCCCGCCCCAUUCUCCUGCUUUCCAUCACCCCGCCCCAUUCUCCUGCUUUCCAUCACCCCGCCCCAUUCUCCUGCUUUCCAUCACCCCGCCCCAUUCUCCCGCUUUCCAUCACCCCGCCCCAUUCUCCCUCUUUCCAUCACCCCGCCCCAUUCUCCCGCUUUCCAUCUCCCCACCCCAUUCUCCUGCUUUCCAUCACCCCGUCCCAUUCUCCCGCCUCUUUCCAUCACCCCGCCCCAUUCUCCCGCUUUCCAUCACCGCGCCCCAUUCUCCCGCUUUCCAUCACCCCGCCCCCAUUCUCCCGCUUCCCAUCACCCCGCCCCGUUCUCCCGCUUUCCAUCACCCAGCCCGAUUCUCCCACUUUUAAUCACCCCGCCCCAUUCUCCUGCUUUCCAUCACCCCGCCCCAUUCUCCCUCUUUCCAUCACCCCGCCCCAUUCUCCCUCUUUCCAUCACCCCGCCCCAUUCUCCCGCUUUCCAUCACCCUGCCCCAUUCUCCCGCUUUCCAUCACCCCGCCCCAUUCUCCCGCUUUCCAUCACCCCGCCCCAUUCUCCCGGUUUCCAUCACCCCGCCCCAUUCUCCCGGUUUCCAUCACCCUGCCCCAUUCUCUCGCUUUCCAUCACUCUGCCCCAUUCUACCUCUUUCUAUCACCCCGCCCCAUUCUCCCUCUUUCCAUCACCCCACCCCAUUCUCCCGAUUUCCAUCACCCCGCCCCAUUCUCUCGCCUCUUUCCAUCACCCCGCCCCAUUCUCCCGCUUUCCAUCACCCCGCCCCAUUCUCCCGCUUUCCAUCACCCCGCCCCAUUCUCCACCUUUCCAUCACCCCGCCCCAUUCUCCCUCUUUCCAUCACCCUUCCCCAUUCUCCCUCUAUCCAUCACCCCACCCAAUUCUCCCGCUUUCCAUCACCCCGUCCCAUUCUCCCGCUUUCCAUCACCCGGCCCCAUUCUUUUGCGUUCAAUCACCCCACCCCAUCCUCCCCUCUUUCCAUCACCCCGCCCCAUUCUCCCGCUUUCCAUCACCCCUCCCCAUUCUCCCUCUUUCCAUCACCCCGCCCCAUUCUCCUGCUUUCCAUCACCCCGCCCCAUUCUCCCGCUUUCCAUCACCCCGCCCCAUUCUCCCUCUUUCCAUCACCCCGCCCCAUUCUCCCGCUUUCCAUCACCGCGCCCCAUUCUCCCGCUUUCCAUCACCCCGCCCCCAUUCUCCCGCUUCCCAUCACCCCGCCCCGUUCUCCCGCUUUCCAUCACCCCGCCCCAUUCUCCCGCUUUCCAUCACCCCGCCCCAUUCUCCUGCUUUCCAUCACCCCGCCCCAUUCUCCCUCUUUCCAUCACCCCGCCCCAUUCUCCCUCUUUCCAACACCCCGACCCCAUUCUCCCGCUUUCCAUCACGCCGCCCCAUUCUCCCGCUUUCCAUCACCCCGCCCCAUUCUCCCGGUUUCCAUCACCCCGCCCCAUUCUCCAGGUUUCCAUCACCCUGCCCCAUUCUCUCACUUUCCAUCACUCUGCCCCAUUCUACCUCUUUCUAUCACCCCGCCCCAUUCUCCCUCUUUCCAUCACCCCGCCCCAUUCUCCCGAUUUCCAUCACCCCGCCCCAUUCUCUCGCCUCUUUCCAUCAACCCGCCCCAUUCUCCCGCUUUCCAUCACUCCGCCCUAUUCUCCCGCUUUCCAUCACCCCGCCCCAUUCUCCCGCUUUCCAUCAUCCCGCCCCAUUCUCCAACUUUCCAUCACCCCGCCCCAAUCUCCCGCUUUCCAUCACCCUGCCCCAAUCUUCCGCUUUCCAUCACCCCGCCCCAUUCUCCCUCCUUCCAUCACCCCGCCCCAUUCUCCCGCUUUCCAUCACCCCGCCCCAUUCUCCCGCUUUCCAUCACCCCGCCCCAUUCUCCCGCUUUCCAUCACCCCGCCCCAUUCUCCCGCUUUCCAUCACCCCGCCCCAUUCUCCCUCCUUCCAUCACCCCGCCCCAUUCUCCCGCUUUCCAUCAUCCCGCCCCAUUCUCCCUCCUUCUAUCACCCCGCCCCAUUCUCCCUCCUUCCAUCACCCCGCCCCAUUCUCCCGCUUUCCAUCACCCCGCCCCAUUCUCCCGCUUUCCAUCACCCCGCCCCAUUCUCCCUUCUUCCAUCACCCCGCCCCAUUCUCCCGCUUUCCAUCAUCCCGCUCCAUUCUCCCUCCUUCCAUCAACCCGCCCCAUUCUCCCUCCUUCCAUCACCCCGCCCCAUUCUCCCGCUUUCCAUCACCCCGCCACAUUCUCCGUCUUUCCAUCACCCCGUCCCAUUCUCCUUCCUUCCAUCACCCCGCCCCAUUCUCCCUCCUUCCAUCACCCCGCCCCAUUCUCCCGCUUUCUAUCAGCCCGCCCCAUUCUCCCACUUUCCAUCACCCCGCCCCAUUCUCCCGCUUUCCAUCACCCCGCCCCAUUCUCCCGCUUUCCAUCACCCCGCCCCAUUCUCCCGCUUUCCAUCACCCCGCCCCCUUCUCCCUCCUUCCAUCACCCCGCCCCAUUCUCCCUCCUUCCGUCACCCCGCCCCAUUCUCCCGCUUUCCAUCACCCCGCCCCAUUCUCCCGCUUUCUAUCACCCCGCCCCCUUCUCUCUCCUUCCAUCACCCCGCCCCAUUCUCCCGCUUUCCAUCACCCCGCCCCAUUUUCCCGCGUUCCAUCACCCUGCCCCAAUCUCCCGCUUUCCAUCCCCCUGCCCCAAUCUUCCGCUUUCCAUCACCCCGCCCCAUUCUCCCUGCUUCCAUCACCCCGCCCCAUUCUCCCGCUUUCCAUCACCCCGCCCCAUUCUCCCGCUUUCCAUCACCCCGCCCCAUUCUCCCGCUUUCCAUCACCCCGCCCCAUUCUCCCGCUUUCCAUCACCCCGCCCCAUUCUCCCUCCUUUCAUCACCCCGCCCCAUUCUCCCGCUUUCCAUCACCCCGCCCCAUUCUCCCGCUUCCCAUAACCCUACCCCAUUCUCCCGCUUUCCAUCACCCCGCCACAUUCUCCGGCUUUCCAUCACCCCGUCCCAUUCUCCUUCCUUCCAUCACCCCGCCUCAUUCUCCCUCCUUCCAUCACCCCGACCCAUUCUCCCGCUUUCCAUCACCCCGCCCCAUUCUCCCGCUUUCCAUCACCCCGCCCCAUUUUCCCGCUUUCCAUCACCCCGCCCCAUUCUCCCGCUUUCCAUCACCCCGCCGCAUUCUCCCGCUUUCCAUCACCCCGCCCCAUUCUCCCGCUUUCCAUCACCCCGCCCCCUUCUCCCUCCUUCCAUCACCCCGCCCCAUUCUCCCUCCUUCCAUCACCCCGCCCCAUUCUCCCGCUUUCCAUCAGCCCGCCCCAUUCUCCCGCUUUCCAUCACCCCUCCCCUUUCUCCCGCUUUCCAUCUCCCCGCCCCAUUCUCCCGCUUUCCAUCACCCCGCCCCAUUCUCCCGCUUUCCAUCACCCGGCCCCAUUCUUCCGCUUCCCAUCAUCCCGCCCCAUUCCCCCGCUUUCCAUCACCCCUCCCCAUUCUCCCUCCUUCCAUCACCCUGCCCCAUUCUCUCGCUUUCCAUCACCCCGCCCCAUUCUCCCGCUUUCCAUCACGCCGCCCCAUUCUCCCGCUUUCCAUCACCCCGCCCCAUUCUCCCUCCUUCCAUCACCCCGCCCCAUUCUCCCGCUUUCCAUCACCCCGCCCCAUUCUCCUUUCUUCCAUCACCCCGCCCCAUUCUCCCUCAUUCCAUUACCCCGCCCCAUUUUUCCGCUUUCCACCACCCUGCCCCAUUCUCCCGCUUUCCAUCACCCCGCUCCAUUCUCCCGCUUUCCAUCACCCCGCCCCAUUCUCCCGCUUUCCAUCACCCCGCCAUAUUCUUCCUCUUUCCAUCACCCCGCCCCAUUCUCCCGCUUUCCAUCACCCCGCCCCAUUCUCCUGCUUUCCAUCACCCCGCCCCAUUCUCCCGCUUUCCAUCACCCCGCCCCAUUCUCCCACUUUCCAUCACCGCGCCUCAUUCUCCCGCUUUCCAUCACCCUGCCCCAUUCUCCCUCUUUCCAUCACCCCGCCCCAUUCUCCCUCUUUCCAUCACCCCACCCCAUUCUCCCGCUUUCCAUCACCCCGCCCCAUUCUCCCACUUUCCAUCACCCCGCCCCUUUCUCCCGCGUUCCAUCACCCCGCCCCAUUCUCCCGCUUUCCAUCACUCCGCCCCAUUCUCCCGCUGUCCAUCACCCCGCCCCAUUCUCCCGCUUUCCACCACCCUGCCCCAUUCUCCCGCUUUCCAUCACCCUGCCCCAUUCUCCCGCUUUCUAUCACCCCGCCCCAUUCUCCCGCUUUCCAUCACCCUGCCCCAUUCUCCCGCUUUCCAUCACCCCGCUCCAUUCUCCCGCUUUCCAUCACCCCGCCCCAUUCUCCCGCUUUCCACCACCCUGCCCCAAUCUCCCGCUUUCCAUCACCCCGCUCCAUUCUCCCGCUUUCCAUCACCCCGGCCCAUUCUCCUGCUUUCCAUCACCUCGCCCCAUUCUCCUGCUUUCCAUCACCCCGGCCCAUUCUCCCGCUUUCCAUCACCCCGCCCCAUUCUCCCGCUUUCCAUCACCCCGUCCCAUUCUCCCUCUUUUCAUCACCCCGCCCCAUUCUCCCUCUUUCCAUCACCCCACCCCAUUCUCCCGAUUUCCAUCAGCCCGGCCCAUUCUCCCUAUUUUCAUCACCCUGCCCCAUUCUCCCCCUUUCCAUCACCCCGCCCCAUUCUCCCGCUUUCCAUCACCCCGCCCCAUUCUCCCGCUUUCCAUCAACCCGCCCCAUUCUCCCUCUUUCCAUCACCCCGCCCCAUUCUCCCUCUUUCCAUCACCCCGCCCCAUUCUCCCUCUUUCCAUCACCUCGCCCCGUUCUCCCUCUUUCCAUAACCUCGCCCCAUUCUCCCUAUUUCCAUCACCCCGCCACAUUCUCCAGCUUUCCAUCACCCCUCCCCACUCUCCCGCUUUCCAUCACCCCGCCCCAUUCUCCCACUUUCCAUCACCCCGACCCAUUCUCCAGCUUUCCAUCACCCCUCCCCACUCUCCCGCUUUCCAUCACCCCGACCCAUUCUCCCUCUUUCCAUCACCCCGCCCCAUUCUCGCUCUUUCCAUCACCUCGCCCUAUUCUCCCGCUUUCCAUCACCCCGCCCCGUUCUCCCACUUUCCAUCGCCCCGCCCCUUUCUCCCGCGUUCCAUCACCCCGCCCCAUUCUCCCGCUUUCCAUCACUCCGCCCCAUUCUCCCGCUUUCCAUCACCCCGCCCUAUUCUCCCGCUUUCAACCACCCUGCCCCAUUCUCCCGCUUUCCAUCACCCUGCCCCAUUCUCCCGCUUUCCAUCACCCCGCCCCAUUCUCCCGCUUUCCAUCACCCCGCUCCAGUCUCCCGCUUUCCAUCACCCCGCCCCAUUCUCCCGCUUUCCACCACCCUGCCCCAUUCUGCUGCUUUCCAUCACCCCGCUCCAUUCUCCCGCUUUCCAUCACCCCGGCCCAUUCUUCCGUUUUCCAUCACCCCGCCCCAUUCUCCUGCUUUCCAUCACCCCGCCCCAUUCUCCCGCUUUCCAUCACCCCUCCCCAUUCUCCCGCUUUCCAUCACCCCGCCAUAUUCUUCCUCUUUCCAUCACCCCGCCCCAUUCUCCCACUUUCCAUCACCCCGCCCCAUUCUCCUGCUUUCCAUCACCCCGCCCCAUUCUCCCGCUUUCCAUCACUCCGCCCCGUUCUCCCGCUUUCCAUCACCGCGCCCCAUUCUCCCGCUUUCCAUCACCCUGCCCCAUUCUCCUUCUUUCCAUCACCCCGCCCCAUUCUCCCGCUUUCCAUCACCCCGCCCCAUUCUCCCACUUUCCAUCACCCCGCCCCUUUCUCCCGCGUUCCAUCACCCCGCCCCAUUCUCCCGCUUUCCAUCACUCCGCCCCAUUCUCCCGCUGUCCAUCACCCCGCCCCAUUCUCCCGCUUUCCACCACCCUGCCCCAUUCUCCCGCUUUCCAUCACCCUGCCCCAUUCUCCCGCUUUCCAUCACCCCGCCCCAUUCUCCCGCUUUCCAUCACCCCGCCCCAUUCUCCCGCUUUCCAUCACCCCGCUCCAUUCUCCCGCUUUCCAUCACCCCGCCCUAUUCUCCCGCUUUCCACCACCCUGCCCCAUUCUCCCGCUUUCCAUCACCCCGCUCCAUUCUCCCGCUUUCCAUCACCCCAGCCCAUUCUCCUGCUUUCCAUCACCUCGCCCCAUUCUCCUGCUUUCCAUCACCCCGGCCCAUUCUCCCGCUUUCCAUCACCCCGUCCCAUUCUCCCUCUUUUCAUCACCCCGCCCCAUUCUCCCUCUUUCCAUCACCCCACCCCAUUCUCCCGAUUUCCAUCAGCCAGGCCCAUUCUCCCUAUUUCCAUCACCCUGCCCCAUUCUCCCCCUUUCCAUCACCCCGCCCCAUUCUCCCGCUUUCCAUCAUCCCGCCCCAUUCUCCCUCUUUCAAUCACCCCGCCCCAUUUUCCCUCUUUCCAUCACCCCGCCCCAUUCUCCCUCUUUCCAUCACCCCGCCCCGUUCUCCCUCUUUCCAUCACCUCGCCCCAUUCUCCCUAUUUCCAUCACCCCGCCCCAUUCUUCCGCUUUCCAUCACCCCGCCACAUUCUCUAGCUUUUCAUCACCCCUCCCCAUUCUCCCGCUUUCCAUCACCCCGCCCCAUUCUCCCACUUUCCAUCACCCCGCCCCAUUCUCCCGCUUUCCAUCACCCCGCCCCAUUCUCCCGCUUUCCAUCAACCCGCCCCAUUCUUCCGCUUUCCAUCACCCUGCCCCAUUAUCCAGCUUUCCAACACCCGGCCCCAUUCUCCCGCUUUCCAUCACCCCGCCCCAUUCUCCCUCUUUGCAUCACCCCGCCCCAUUCUCCCUCUUUCCAUCACCCCGCCCCAUUCUCCCUUUUUCCAUCACCCCACCCCAUUCUCCCUAUUUCCAUCACCCCGCCCCAUUCUCCCGCUUUCCAUCACCCCGCCCCAUUCUCCCUCUUUCCAUCACCCCACCCCAUUCUCUCUCUUUCCAUCACCCCGCCCCAUUCUCCCUCUUUCCAUCACCCCGCCCCAUUCUUCCGCUUUCAAUCACCCCGCCCCAUUCUCCCUAUUUCCAUCACCCCGCCCCAUUUUUCCGCUUUCCAUCACCCCGCCCCAUUCUCAGCUUUCCAUCACCCCGCCCCAUUCUCCCGCUUUCCAUCACCCCGCCCCAUUCUCUCGUUUUCCAUCACCCCGCCCCAUUCUCCCGCUUUCCAUCACCCCGCCGCAUUCUUCCGCUUUCCAUCACCCCGCCCCAUUCACCCUCUUUCCGUCACCCCGCCCCAUUCUCCAGCUAUCAAUCACCCCGCCCUAUUCUCCCGCUUUCCAUCACCCCGCCCCAUUCUCCCACUUUCCAUCACCCCGCCCCAAUCUCCUGCUUUCCAUCACUCCGCCCUAUUCUCCCUCUUUCCAUCACCCGCCCCAUUCUCCCGCUUUCUGUCACCCAGCCCCAUUAUCCCGCUUUCCAUCACCCCGCCCCAUUUUCCCGCUUUCCAUCACCCCGCCCUAUUCUCAAGCUUUCCAUCACCUCGCCCCAUGCUCCUGCUUUCCAUCACCCCACCCCAGUCUCCCGCUUUCCAUCACCCCGCCCCAUUCUUCCGCUUUCCAUUACCCCGCCCCGUUCUCCCGCUUUCCAUCACCCCGCCCCAUUCUCCCGCUUUCCAUCACUUCGCCCCAUUCUCCCGCUUUCCAUCACCCCGCCCCUUUCUUCCUCUUUCCAUCACCCCGCCCCAUUCUCCCGCUUUCCAUCACCUCGCCCCAUUCUCCCUCUUUUGAUCACCCCGCCCCAUUCUCCCUCUUUCCAUCACCCCGCCCCAUUCUCUCCCUUUCCAUCACCCCACCCCAUUCCCCCUAUUUCCAUCACCCCGCCCCAUUCUCCCGCUUUCCAUCACCUGCCCCAUUCUCCCUCUUUCCAUCACCCCGCCCCAUUCUCUCUCUUUCCAUCACCUCGCCCCAUUCUCCCUCUUUCCAUCACCCUGCCCCAUUCUUCCGCUUUCCAUCACCCCGCCCAAUUCUCCCUAUUUCCAUCACCCCGCCCCAUUCUUCCGCUUUCCAUCACCCCGCCCCAUUUCCAGCUUUCCAUCACCCCGCCCCAUUCUCCCGCUUUUCAUCACCCCGCCCCAUUCUCCCGUUUUCCAUCACCCCGCCCCAUUCUCCCGCUUUCCAUCACCCCGCCCCAUUCUUCCGCUUUCCAUCACCUCGCCCCAUUCACCCCCUUUCCGUCACCCCGCCCCAUUCUCCAGCUUUCCAUCACAUCGCCCCAUUCUCCCGCUUUCCAUCACCCCGCCCCAUUCUCCCGCUUUCCAUCACCCCGCACUAUUCUCCCUCUUUCCAUCACCCCGCCCCAUUCUCCAGCUUUCCCUUUCCAUCACCUCGCCCCAUGCUCCCGCUUUCCAUCACCCCGCCCCAUUCUCCCGCUUUCCAUCACCCCGCCCCAUUCUCCCGCUUUCCAUCACCCUGCCCCAUUCUCCUGCUUUCCAUCACCCCGCCCCAUUCUCCCGCUUUCCAUCACUUUGCCCCAUUCUCCCGCUUUCCAUCACCCCGCCCCUUUCUUCCUCUUUCCAUCACCCCGCCCCAAUCUCCCGCUUUCCAUCACCCCGCCCCAUUCUCCCGCUUUCCAUCACCCCGCCCCAUUCUCCCGCUUUCCAUCACCCCGCCCCAUUCUCCCGCUUUCCAUCACCCCGCCCCAUUCUCCCUCUUUUCAUCACCCGCCCCUUUCUCCCUCUUUCCAUUACCCCACCCCAUUCUCCCGCCUUCCAUCAUCCCACCCCAUUCUCCCGCUUUCCAUCACCCCGCCCCAUUCUCCCUCUUUCCAUCACCCCGCCCCAUUCUCCCGCUUUCUAUCACCCCGCCCCAUUCUCCCUCUUUCUUUCACCCUGCCCCAUUCUCCCGCUUUCCAUCACCCCGCCCCAUUCUCCCGCUUUCCAUCACCCCGCCCCAUUCUCCCUCUUUUCAUCACCCGCCCCUUUCUCCCUCUUUCCAUUACCCCACCCCAUUCUCCCGCCUUCCAUCACCCCACCCCAUUCUCCCUCUUUCCAUCACCCCACCCCAUUCUCCCGCUUUCCAUCACCCCGCCCAAUUCCCCCUCUUUCCAUCAGCCCGCCCCAUUCUCCCGCUUUCUAUCACCCCGCCCCAUUCUCCCUAUUUCGAUCACCCCGCCCCAUUCUCCCGCUUUCCAUCACCCCGCCCCAUUCUCCCACUUUCCAUCACCCCUCCCCAUUCUCCCUCUUUCCAUCACCCCGCUCCAUUCCCCCUCUUUCCAUCAGCCCGCCCCAUUCUCCCGCUUUCCACCACCCUGCCCCAUUCUCCCGCUUUCCAUCACCCUGCCCCAUUCUCCCGCUUUCCAUCACCGCGCUCCAUUCUCCCGCUUUCCAUCACCCCGCCCCAUUCUCCUGCUUUCCAUCACCCCGCCCCAUUCUCCCGCUUUCCAUCACCCCGCCCCAUUCUCCUGCUUUCCAUCACCCCGCCCCAUUCUCCCGCUUUCCAUCACCCCACCCCAUUCUCCCGCUUUCCAUAACCCUGCCCUAUUCUCCAGCUUUCCAUCACCCCGACCCAUUCUCCCUCUUUUCAUCACCCCGCCCCAUUCUCCCUCUUUCCAUCACCUCGCCCUAUUCUCCCUCUUUCCAUCACCGCGCCCCAUUCUCCCGCUUUCCAUCACCCCGCCCCAUUCUCCCGCUCCAUCACCCCGCCCCAUUCUUCCGCUUUCCAUCACCCCGGCCCAUUCUCCCGCUUUCCAUCGCCCCGCCCCAUUCUUCCGCUUUCCAUCACCCCGCCCCAUUAACCCUCUUUCCAUCACCCCGCCCCAUUCUCCCUCUUUCCAUCACCGUGCCCCAUUCUUCCGCUUUUCAUCACCCCGCCCUAUUCUCCCUCUUUCCAUCACCCCGCCCCAUUCUCCCGCUUUUCAUCACCCCGCCCCAUUCUCCCUCCUUCCAUCACCCCGCCCCAUUCUCCCGCUUUCCAUCACUCCGCCCCAUUCUCCCUCCUUCCAUCACCCCGCCCCAUUCUCCCUCCUUCCAUCACCCCGCCCCAUUCUCCCGCUUUCCAUCAGCCCGCCCCAUUCUCCCGCUUUCCAUCACCCCUCCCCUUUCUCCCGCUUUCCAUCUCCCCGCCCCAUUCUCCCGCUUUCCAUCACCCCGCCCCAUUCUCCCGCUUUCCAUCACCCCGCCCCAUUCUUCCACUUCCCAUCAUCCCGCCCCAUUCCCCCGCUUUCGAUCACCCCUCCCCAUUCUCCCUCCUUCCAUCACCCUGCACCAUUCUCUCGCUUUCCAUCACCCCGCCCCAUUCUCCCGCUUUCCAUCACGCCGCCCCAUUCUCCCGCUUUCCAUCACCCCGCCCCAUUCUCCCUCCUUCCAUCACCCCGCCCCAUUCUCCCGCUUUCCAUCACCCCGCCCCAUUCUCCUUUCUUCCAUCACCCCGCCCCAUUCUCCCUCAUUCCAUUACCCCGCCCCAUUCUCCCGCUUUCCAUCACCCCGCCCCAUUCUCCCGCUUCCCAUAACCCCACCCCAUUCUCCCGCUUUCCAUCACCCCGCCACAUUUUCCCACUUUCCAUCACCCCGCCCCAUUCUCCUUCCUUCCAUCACCCCGCCCCAUUCUCCCGCUUUCCAUCAGCCCGCCCCAUUCUCCCGGUUUCCAUCACCCCGCUUCUUUCUCCCGCUUUCCAUCUCCCCGCCCCAUUCUCCCGCUUUCCAUCACCCCGCCCCAUUCUCCCGCUUUCCAUCACCCCGCCCCAUUCUUCUGCUUCCCAUCAUCCCGCCCUAUUCCACCGCUUUCCAUCACCCCUCCCCAUUCUCCCUCCUUCCAUCACCCCGCCCCAUUCUUCCGCUUUCCAUCACCCGCCCCAUUCUCCCGCUUUCCAUCACCUCGCCCCAUUCUCCCGCUUUCCAUCACCCCGCCCCAUUCUUUUGCUUUCCAUCACCCCGCCCCAUUCUCCCGCUUUCCAUCACCCUGCCGCAUUCACCCGCUUUCCAUUACCCGCCCCAUUCUCCCGCUUUCCAUCAGCCCGCCCCAUUCUCCCGCUUUCCAUCACCCGCUCCAUUCUCCCGCUUUCCAUCACCCCGCCCCAUUCUCCCGCUUUCCAUCACCCCGCCCCAUUCUCCCGCUUUCCAUCACUCCGACCCAUACUCCCGCUUUCCAUCACCCCGACCCAUUCUCCCACUUUCCAUCACCCCGCCCCAUUCUCCCUCCUUCCAUCACCCCGCCUCAUUCUCCCUCCUUCCAUCACCCCGCCCCUUUCUCCCGCUUUCCAUCACCUCACCAUAUUCUCCCGCUUUCCAUCACCCAGCCCCAUUCUCCCGCUUUCCAUCACCCCGCCCCAUUUUCCCGCUUUCCAUCACCCCGCCCCAUUCUCACGCUUUCCAUCACCCUGCCCCAAUCUCCCGCUUUCCAUCACCCCGCCCCAUUCUCCCUCCUUCCAUCACCCCGCCCCAUUCUCCCGCUUUCCAUCACCCCGCCCCAUUCUCCUGCUUUCCAUCACCCAGCCCCAUUCUCCCGCUUUCCAUCACCCCGCCCCAUUCUCCCGCUUUCCAUCACCCCACCCCAUUCUCCCUCCUUACAUCACCCCGCCCCAUUCUCCCUCCUUCCAUCACCCCGCCCCAUUCUCCCGCUUUCCAUCACCCCGCCCCAUUCUCUCGCUUUCCAUCACCCCGCCCAAUUCUCCCUCUUUCCAUCACCCCGCCCCGUUCUCCCGCUUUCCAUCACCCCGCCCCGUUCUCCCGCUUUCCAUCACCCAGCCCCAUUCUCCCGCUUUCCAUCACCCCGCCCAAUUCUCCCGCCUUCCAUCACCCCGCCCCAUUCUCCCGCUUUCCAUCACCCCGCCCCAUUCUCCCUCCUUCCAUCACCCUGCCCCAUUCUCCCGCUUUCCAUCACCCCGCCCCAUUCUCCCUCCUUCCAUCACCCCGCCCCAUUCUCCCUCCUUCCAUCACCCCGCCCCAUUCUCCCGCUUUCCAUCACCCCGCCCCAUUCUCCCGCUUCCCAUAACCCCACCCCCUUCUCCCGCUUUCCAUCACACCGCCACAUUCUCCCGCUUUCUAUCACCCCGCCCCAUUCUCCCUCCUUUCCAUCACCCCGCCCCAUUCUCCCGAUUUCCAUCACCCCGCCCCAUUCUCCCGCUUUCCAUCACCCCGCCCCAUUCUCCCUCUUUCCAUCAGCCUGCCCCAUUCUCCCUCUUUCCAUCACCCCGCCCCAUUCUCCCGCUUUCCAUCACCCCGCCCCAUUCUCCCGCUUUCCAUCACCCCGCCCCAUUCUCCCUCUUUCCAUCACCCUGCCCCAUUCUCCCUCUAUCCAUCACCCCGCCCAAUUCUCCCGCAUUCCAUCACCCCGCCCCAUUCUCCCUCUAUCCAUCACCCCACCCAAUUCUUCUCUUUCCAUCACCCCGCCCCAUUCUCCCGCUUUCCAUCACCCCGCCAAAUUCUCCCACUUUCCAUCACCCCGCUCCAUUCUCCCGCUUUCCAUCACCCCGCCCAAUUCUCCCUCUUCCCAUUACCCCUCCCCAUUCUCCCUCUUUCCAUCACCCCGCCCCAUUCUCCCGCUUUCCAUCACCCCGCCCCAUUCUCCCUAUUUCCAUCACCCCGCCCCAUUCUCCCGCUUUCCAUCACCCUGCCCCAUUCUCCCUCUUUCCAUCACCCCGCUCCAUUCUCCUGCUUUCCAUCACCCCGCCCCAUUCUCCCGCUUUCCAUCACCCCGCUCCAUUCUCCCGCUUUCCAUCACCCGCCCCAUUCUCCCGCUUUCCAUCACCCCGCCCCAUUCUCCCUCUUUCCAUCACCCCGCCCCAUUCUCCCUCUAUCCAUCACCUCGCCCAAUUCUCCCGCUUUCCAUCACCGCGCCCCAUUCUCCUUCUUUCCAUCACCCCGCCCCAUUCCCUCGCUUUCCAUCACCCCGCCCCAUUUUCCCGCUUUCCAUCACCUUGUUCCAUUCUCCCGCUUUCCAUCACCCUGCCCAAUUCUCCCUCUUUCCAUCACCCCUCCCCAUUCUCCCUCUUUCCAUCACCCUGCCCCAUUCUCCCGCUUUCCAUCACCCCGCCCCAUUCUCCCUCUUUCCAUCAGCCCGCCCCAUUCUCCCUCUUUCCAUCACCCCGCCCCAUUCUCCCGCUUUCCAUCACCCCGCCCCAUUCUCCCGCUUUCCAUCACCCCACCCCAUUCUCCCCAUUUCCAUCACCUUGCCACAUUCUCCCGCUUUCCAUCACCCCGCUCAAUUCUCCUGCUUUCCAUCACCCCCAACAAAGUUGCACCAACAAUUCUCCUGCUUUCCAUCACCCCGCUCCAUUGUCCCGCUUUCCAUCACCCCGCCCAAUUCUCCCUCUUUCCAUCACCCCUCCCCAUUCUCCCUCUUUCCAUCACCCCGCCCCAUUCUCCCGCUUUCCAUCACCCCGCCCCAUUCUCUCGCUUUCCAUCACCCCGCCCAAUUCUCCCUCUUUCCAUCACCCCUCCCCAUUCUCCCUCUUUCCAUCACCCCGCCCCAUUCUCCCUCUUUCCAUCACCCCGCCCCAUUCUCCCGCCUUUCAUCACGCCGCCCUAUUCUCUCGCUUUCCACCACCCCGCCCAAUUCUCCCGCUUUCCAUCACCCCGCCCCAUUCUCCCGCCUUCCAUCACCCCACCCCAUUCUCCCUCUUUCAAUCACCUCGCCCCAUUAUCCCGAUUUCCAUCACCCCGCCCCAUUCUCCCUCUAUCUAUCACCCCGCCCAAUUCUCUCACUUUCCAUCACCCCGUCCCAUUCUCCCGUUUUCCAUCACCCUGCCCCAUUCUCUCGCUUUCCAUCACCCCGCCUUAUUCUCCCGCUUUCCAUCACCCCGCCCCAUUCUCCCGAUUUCCAUCACCCCGCCCCAUUCUCCCGCUUUCGAUGACCCCGCCCCAUUCUCCCGCUUUCCAUCACCCCGCCCCAUUCUCCCGCUUUCCAACACCCCGCCUCAUUCUCCCACUUUCCAUCACCCCGCCCCAUUCUCACUCUUUCCAUCACCCCUCCCCAUUCUCCCUCUUUCCAUCACCCCGCCCCAUUCUCUCGCCUUCCAUCACCCCACCCCAUUCUCCAUCUUUCCAUCACCCUACCCAACCAUCACCCCACCCAUUCUCCCUCUAUCCAUCACCCCGCCCAAUUCUCCCACUUUCCACCACCCCGUCCCAUUCUCCCGUUUACCAUCACCCUGCCCCAUUCUCUCGCUUUCCAUCACCCCGCCUUUUUCUCCCGCUUUCCAUCACCCCGCCCCAUUGUCCCGAUUUCCAUCACCCCGCCCCAUUCUCCCGCUUUCCAUGACCCCGCCCCAUUCUCCCGCUUUCCAUCACCCCGCCCCAUUCUCCCGCUUUCCAACACCCCGCCUCAUUCUCCCACUUUCCAUCACCCCGCCCCAUUCUCACUCUUUCCAUCACCCCUCCCCAUUCUCCCUCUUUCCAUCACCCCGCCCCAUUCUCCUGCUUUCUAUCACCCCGCCCCAUUCUCCCUCUUUCCAUCACCCCGCCCCAUUCUCCCGCUUUCCAUCACCCCGCCCCAUUCUCCCGAUUUCCAUCACCCCGCCCCAUUCUCCCUCUUUCCAUCACCCCGCCCGAUUCUCCCGCUUUCCAUCACCUCGCCCCAUUCUCCCGCUUUCCAUCACCCCGCCCCAUUCUCCUGCUUUCCAUCACCCCGCCCCAUUCUCCCGCUUUCCAUCACCACGCCCCAUUCUCCCGCUUUCCAUCACCCCGCCCCAUUCUCCCUCUUUCCAUCACCCCGCCCCAUUCUCCCACUUUCCAUCACCCCGCCCCAUUUUCCCUCUUUCCAUCACCCCGCCCCAUUUUCCCUCUUUCACUCACCCUCGCCCCAUUCUCCCGCUUUCCAUCACCCCGCCCCAUUUUUCCUCUUUCCAUCACCCCGCCCCAUUUUCCCUCUUUCACUCACCCUCGCCCCAUUCUCCUGCUCUCCAUCACCCCGCCCCAUUUUCCCUCUUUCCAUCACCCCGCCCCAUUCUCCCGCCUUCCAUCACCCUGCCCCAUUCUCCCUCUUUCCAUCACCCCACCCCAUUCUCCCGCUUUCCAUCACCCCGCCCCAUUCUCCCGCUUUCCAUCACCCCGCCCCAUUCUCCCACUUUCCAUCACCCCGCCCCAUUCUCCCUCUUUCCAUCACCCCGCCCCAUUCUCCCGCUUUCCAUCACCGCGCCCCAUUUUCCCUCUUUCCAUCACCCCGCCCCAUUCUCCCGCUUUCCAUCACCCCGCCCCAUUCUCCCUCUUCCCAUCACCCCGCCCCAUUCUCCCGCCUUUCAUCACCCCGCCCCAUUCUCCCGCUUUCCAUCACCCCACCCAAUUCUCCUGCUUCCCAUCACCCCGCCCCAUUCUCCCGCCUUCCAUCACCCUGCCCCAUUCUCCCUCUUUCCAUCACCCCGCCCCAUUCUCACGCUUUCCAUCACCCCGCCCCAUUCUCCCUCUUUCCAUCACCCCGCCCCAUUCUCCCGCUUUCCAUCAACCCGCCCCAUUCUCCCUCUAUCCAUCACCCCGCCCAAUUCUCCCACUUUCCAUCACCCC